ACAGUUCAGCAGCAGCAGCGCCACACGCGCUGUAGCUCCGUGUCAAAAGAGACAGGACCGUGGACUGGGGUAUUUCUCCUGUCAAGCGCUCCUCCGCCCUUCCGUGAGGCAUGAACGGGGCUUUAUUCAACCAACCAAGCCAAUUAGCUUCACCAUUAACGCUUAUCGGGGUCUAAAAACAUCAUCUGAACACUCUGAUCUCAUUGCGGAAGUCAACGCCGUUUGUUUUUUUCUCGGUCAAGUCAUUAGCUUAGCCUGUUAGCUUCUGUAUUGUGCAGGACGUGUUCCAUUUGCGGAAAUAUUUCAACAGAUCGCACAAGGCUUGGUGGAUUUUCAUAUUUCGCAAAACAAGAUCUGCAACAACGAAUCCACGACUUUGAAUUUGCACGCGUGGUUUUACGACAAUCUUUGCAAAAACAAGGAAGUGCACGGUUCUCAGUGUUGUCGUGCUAACUACCUUUUAGCACAAGAAGCUCUUUGGCUGCAUUGAUUCAUUGUGUGCGAGUUAUUAGUGGGGGUUUCCGUGUAUUAUCAAAGGAAAGCAUUGCGAAGACUGCAAUUUGCAUCUUUAAAAAGGACAUAUCGGAUUGAUUGUUUGGAAUAAAUUGCCAAAAUGAUUCCAGAAACGGCACCAAAAGAAGACGUUUAUCUCGCCUCUGCAGAGUUUUGCAAGACUUCUCAUGUCCCCAGCUUUGACAAAUACAAAGAACUCUACAUGAAGUCUGUAGAAAACCCCGGUGAGUUCUGGGGCGAUAUUGCCAAAGACUUUUUCUGGAAGACCAAACACAGCGGCGACUUUAUGAGUUACAACUUUGACGUGACAAAGGGAGAGAUCUUCUUCAAGUUCAUGGAAGGAGCCACCACUAACAUCUGCUACAACCUCCUGGACCGCAAUGUGCACGAGAAGAACCUGGGCAACAAAGUGGCCUUUUACUGGGAAGGCAAUGAACCUGGAGAUGAGUUGACGAUCACCUACAGAGAACUGCUGCAGAAAGUGUGUCAGUUUGCCAAUGUCCUCAAAUCACAAGGAGUGAAGAAGGGCGACCGUGUGUCCAUCUACAUGCCCAUGGUGGUGGAGCUGGUGGUGGCCAUGUUGGCCUGUGCGCGGAUAGGAGCAGUGCACUCUAUAGUGUUCGCUGGUUUCUCUGCGGAGUCGCUCUGUGAAAGGAUCAUGGACUCAGAGUGUUCACUGCUCAUCACAGCAGAUGGCUUCUACAGAGGAGAUAAACUGAUCAACCUGAAGAUGCUGUCCGACGACGCGCUACAGAAAUGCAAGGACAAAGGGUUCACAGUGAAGAGGUGCAUCAUGCUAAAGCACCUGUCCAAAGAUAUAGAGGAGGGAUCGCUGUCUCCACCGGCCAAGCGCUCAUGUCCUGAUCUGCAGGAUAAUCAGACAGGCAGAGUAAAGAAAAGGCGACCGGUGCCCAAGGUGCCAUGGAACCCGGAGGUGGACCAGUGCUGGCACACUCUGGUCAAGGGUGAAUCAGACCAGUGUGAACCGGAGUGGUGCGAUUCUGAAGACUCCCUGUUUAUUCUCUACACCAGCGGCUCCACCGGCAAACCAAAGGGCGUCCUCCACACAGUGAGUGGCUACAUGCUGUACACUGCCGCCACCUUCAAACUGGUGUUUGACUACGUGCCCGAUGAUGUGUACUGGUGCACGGCUGACAUCGGCUGGAUCACCGGGCAUUCCUACAUCACAUACGGACCACUGGCCAAUGGAGCCACCAGCGUCCUGUUUGAGGGACUGCCCACAUACCCAGACGUGGGCCGCAUGUGGGAGAUUGUGGACAAGUAUCGUGUGACCAAGUUCUACACUGCCCCCACAGCCAUCAGAAUGCUCAUGAAGUACGGCAGCGAACCAGUGCAAAAACAUAAGCGUGACUCCCUGAAGGUGCUGGGGACAGUGGGAGAGCCCAUAAACCCAGAGGCCUGGCUAUGGUACUACAGUGUGGUCGGGGAUAAGAGAUGUCCUAUCGUCGACACUUUCUGGCAAACAGAAACUGGGGGGCAUGUAUUGACACCACUUCCUGCUGCAACACCAAUGAAACCUGGAUCAGCAACAUUUCCAUUCUUUGGUGUUGUGCCUGCCAUCUUGAAUGAGUCUGGAGAGGAGCUGGAGGGACCAAAUGAAGGAUACCUGGUUUUCAAGCAGCCAUGGCCCGGUAUCAUGAGAACGGUGUAUGGGAACCGGCAGCGAUUUGAAACCACAUAUUUUAAGAAGUUUCCGGGAUACUACGUGACAGGAGAUGGCUGCAGAAGAGAUAAAGACGGUUACUAUUGGAUCACAGGAAGGAUAGACGACAUGCUGAAUGUAUCUGGGCACUUGCUGAGCACAGCGGAGGUGGAGUCAGCCCUGGUGGAGCAUGAGUAUGUGGCAGAGGCAGCAGUGGUGGGGCGUCCUCACCCAGUCAAAGGGGAGAGCCUGUACUGCUUUGUCACCCUGACGGAGGGGAUGAGUUACGGCCGGGCACUGGAGACCGAGCUCAGGAACAUAGUUAGGGAAAAGAUCGGUGCCAUAGCUACACCAGACUACAUCCAGAAUGCACCAGGGCUCCCCAAGACGAGAUCUGGUAAAAUAAUGCGACGCGUGCUGAGGAAAAUUGCGUGUGGUGAGCGUGACCUAGGAGACAUUUCUACGCUUGCUGACUCCUCUGUGGUGGAGCAGCUUUUCCAAAACCGGUGCUGCACGGCGUGAUGCUCCCUACUGGACACUCAAUGGAACUACAGCUACAUGCCACCACCCUCAGAACAACCAGAGCAAAACAGCAGCAGGAGGAGGAGGAGGGAGGACUGUCUGUGUAGCUAGUCCUGACCAAGAUGGACGCCAUGUAGCUGUGUGGAUAUUUCAAACAGUAUAUACUGACUGAAAGCAUUACCAGCACUGAGACUGGUAUAUCUAUAAACGUAUAACGAAACAGUACUUUGCUGAUCUUUAAAGUCUAUGCGUAGGCUUGCAGGCUAUUCAGGUUAAUACGAUGCAAUGGGAUUGAAGAGAAGUUCAUUACACUAUGGAAUUGUGCAAAAGUUUUGGUAUAGAGAACCAAAAAGUGUUAAUACAAAUGAUGUCGCCACAGUAAAACGUUAGCAUAAAAGUUCCUGACAUAAUCAGACACAUGUAAUGAAUGGGCAAUGUGAAUGAAGUGUCUUGCUAAGGGGCACAAAAGGAAGUCAGGUUUGAACUAGAAAAAAAAAAAGACACCCAGAUACUAAUCAAUAUUAAAAAUAGUAUUGAAAAUGGAUACUCAUUUGAACAGUUAUCCAUACUGAAAAGACACAUUAAUAAGAUGAAAUUGGAGUAUUAGAAUGGUCUUGAUGCGUAUUAGAAGUAGUACAAGAGUGUUGAAAAGUACAUUCUAUUGUGUAAAAAUAGUAUAGCUAGAUAUUUGUUUGUGUGGUAUCAAGAACUGUAUUAUAUUGUAGUAAGUAUUUUUAGCUUAGUUCCAAAACUGGGGUAGCAUUUUUAGUAUAAUGACUUGAGGUUACCGUGUCAGCUUAAAUAUACCAAAAAUUUGAUUGAUCAAUAUAAAAAUGAAUAGACCUCUGCCAAGACGCUGGUUCUGAACCACAUGGUAACAGUUCAGUGCCCAGAUCUUCUACAUUUGGCAUUUGGGGGUUUAUUUUUUCAUCUAUUAAACUUAGUUUUGCCCCAGUACAGAUAUAUUGUAAAAGGACAUCUUGGAGUCAAAAUGAGACCACUGUGGUCUGCCUAAUUAUCUAAUUAUCCAAUUAUAAAGCAUGUCAAGACUAGGAACUGCACUGUUAGCAUGCUAAUUGUUGUUAGCAUUACUUGACAGCCUCUGGAAGUUGUGAAAAGUCUUAAGUCAUCAUUGUAAACAAUUAGGAUACUAGGAAUGUGUUUAAGUGAGGAAUAAGUUUGGACCAUAGCAAACGGUUUAAAAUGAAUCAGUUUUUCAUGUUUUAAGACAUUCAAAUUUACGUAUGACACCUUUAAUUCUCUCACAAUUAUCACUAUCUACUUAGAAUCUGUAGUUAUUAAAAACAAUUUUAACUGUGUUGCUUUCUCUCCUAAAUUCAUAGUUGAAACUACAACUUUUGCACAAUCCUGUAUAUUUCAAUGCAACUGGGAACGUUAAGCUAAUCAAACGUUAGCAUCGAGUUAGCUCAUUGUUAACAUUUAGCAAAACUCUCCUGCCUUCUGCUUCCUAUUGCAAAAUGCCAUAGAACUGAUGUAAACACUGAAGUUGAGCUUAAAAUGUACCAGUUUUAUUUUGAUGUAUUUUGAGGGAUACGUGUAGAUUUAUGUCAUGUUUUGUUGCAUUUUCUAUUGUAGUAUUUUUGUUCUUUCUGUUUAAAAUGUCUGCAUGUUAUAAUGUGAUGGGAAAGUAUUCAAAUUUCACAUGGCCCAAACUUUGCAGUAUUUGACCAGCUGACAGUGGUUAAGUGUAAGAUGUGUACACUUAAAGGGACUAUAUUAACAAACAAGUUACCGGCAAUUGCGUAAAUGUGUUUCCCCCCCCCAUUUUAAUAAUUUAACAGCAACGAUUGGUUAAGUAAAUGGUUCUGUUACAUGAGUGCAACCUAUCCCUGGGUUUAGGAAAAGAAGUCCUUAAGAUGGCAUCCAUACUGGCAAAAUGUCAUACGACUGAAACCAUUUGAAUGUUAUCAUCGGAAAACUUAAAUGCUAAUACACAAUUAAAUGACGUGUAUAGCUCUAGCCAGCGUUGGUGUUGGUUAUAAUUAUUGACUUAUUUUAGCCUGGAUGCCCUUCCGUGGCAUUGGGCAAAACUGCUACUAAAAAUAUCUGAUUAUGUGUACAUGCAUGUCUGUUUUUUUACUUGGCAAUCUCCCAUCUUCUCCAGGCAAUAAAAUGCAAAACUAAAAAUUUAAAUGAAUGGUACUUAAAUGAUUACACUAACAUUUUGGCAUAACAGUCCUGUAGAUUAUUUAUCCACUGUCGUCCAUGUCUGUAAUGGAGCCAACCCAUCUAACCAGCUUAAAUUCACUGAAAAUGAUCUGUAAAGCAGCUGUAUGUAAUUAGUGAGUUUGGGGGAUUAAAUGAGAGCUUGUUUUUGUUCAGUUGUCAUGUGUUGUUCCAAUGCCAUAAUUGUUUCAAAGUGAAUGCAACAGUAAAACAACUUAACUACUGCCUC